AUGACCUGCAAAAUUCUAUGGCUUUGCUCACAAAUUCAUAUGUUUCAGAAAGUGAUUCGCUCGAAGUUAAACUCACGCAAGACGAGCGGUAGAGCAACGACGCAAACCCACGGAUGGGGAGAACCCAAGGGUAGCGACGUCUUGCCUCAACGGCGACCAGCUUCGCCCUCGCCAAUUACUACUCCGCCCCCUCAGCCGAAAGAAAAGAGAAGAUCGCGCCGGAUCGACGGUAAAGAUCCUCCGCUGCAACCACCGUUGGAGAGCCUCCUCCCAAUACGGGGCAACCCGAAGAAGAGAGAAGCAUCUUCGCCUGCGUCAUUGUCGGCCGACACCACACAAAACAGCGCUCCUUUAGCCAAGGAAACGUGCACGGCGCCGGAUAAAUCGAAGAAAAGAAAGAAACCCGCUUCAAAGAAACCGAAGCGAGCACCUACGCCCAAUGAGGAAGAAAAAGAUUGGUUUGAAGAAGUACUGGGUGAAGACCCGGUCUUAGACGACGACGAUGACAGCGUGUGCUCGGAAUCAGUGUGGACUGAUGCCCAUAUACGCGUGGCAGCAUCUAACAUGGUGGAGCUCAACAGAGGGAAAACCUUUGACGAAAUUACGACAGCCUUUCUGGCUUGGAUCGACAAAUACGUAUGCCCGCCUAAUAGACCGAAUAGAUACCUACAUUGGUACCUAGUAAUUAGAGCUGCUCUGGAAAGAGAAAGCGACUCCCGGUUGCCCAAGACGUGCUCAAACGACAUCAUGAAAUGGGCCAAGGCGAGAGCGAAAACUCUAUCAAGCAAAAAGCUAUACGAGCCCUCCCAGGCGGAGAGAUUUCGAUUGAGUGACAUGGUAGCACUCUGGGCCCACCUCUUGAACUCAGGGAAACCUGUCAGAAGAGAGGCGGCGCUUUAUAGCGCAAUCACGUUUUUCACAGGCGCUCGAGCAAUCGAGGUGGGAAAGCUGUGGAUUGAAGAUCUAUACGAGUCAAUCCAGGGUAACGCCAUUGUGAUGCCGAUUAGGGAAAGCAAGACGAAUGUCUUCAAAAACAUCCCAGAACGCCUGACGAUGUUCUUCCCAAGCAACUGCCCGAUUAACUUCAAGGCUCUGUUAUACGAAAUCCUGGGUGCGAGGGAGGAAGGGAAAGUCUUCCUCCACUGCAGAAACCGUCGCAUUUUGUGCUACCAUUACAGCCGGGCUUCGAAAGAACUCGGCUGGGCCAGAGUCCCCUCUGGACACUCAGGCAGAACAUCUGCUAUCACAAUGGGCAUUGCAGCGGGCAUCCCCAAGCUAGACCUGGAAAUUAUGUACAGAUGGGCCCCGGACUCAAGGAUGUUCCAUCGUUACAGAGCCCUAAACAUGGAAGAAUCAGAAAUCGGAGCCCCGGCGCUGGUAGCUAAAGCUCUGGUAGACUCACUGUACAACGGCCCGCAGGGAACUGCCCCUCCAGCUCUGUCUGCAGUGAAAACUGACUUUGUUUCCCCCGAAGUGGGAUCAAGAGUUCUCUCUGAUGCUAACUGGUACGCCAGAACUGUAAAAGAGUUGCACUCUAAUCAUGUGGCGCAGCAGGGUAUCCCGCUAGCUAAUGCACCUAAGCAAAGGAAGGGUCUCCCCAACCGUCCUAAUUCCUCUGUAGAGAGCGCUAACCCGACUGGAGUAUCCUCUAGUCAAGAUCAUAUGGCUCCUCCCACAGAGUUUCAAUCAACCGUCUCUAUCCAGGACCAUACGACGGUGCUCACAACUCUUCAGACGGCUCAACCGCCCUCUUCAUUGCCGAAUCGGGUAGGGAAACCUUCGCCGAUGGAGACAGCCAAAGUCUCAAUAGUAAGCAACCAGCAGUGUACCUGUUGCGCUAAAUGCCGCGCUCUGAGGGAAACCUCAGUUGCCUCACAAUCGAUGGAGUCGCCAACUCCAACUAACUCCGAACGAAGAGUCUUACCAGACUUCAUCAAACGACGGAUGGCCUAUCUCAACGACGAUCCCUUUUCGAGGUACUUGAGAAGCCUAGCGAGCCCUAUGCCCCUUACUCCAUUCUUUCAGUGA